AGCCUUGUCUGGUGACGUUUCUGGCGUAAACAAAACAGACGUUUAAAUCCUCAGCUGUCAGCGAGACGCUGCUUUCGGUUUAGGUGGCCGAGCGAUGCAGAAUGUCUGUAGAAGGAGCAGUAGCGCCGCCUGCAGGCCAGAAGCUGAACCGGCGUUGUUGCUCCGGGCUUCAGGAUUCGCUCCAGAUUGAGAGGGAUUUCUCCGAGGCUCUUCCUUCAGAGAUGAGCGUGAGGAUCUUCGGUGAGCUGGACGUCAGGAGUUUGUGUCAGGCUUCAGUCACCUGUAAACACUGGAAUGACAUCAUCGAGGGCAGCGAUCAGCUGUGGAGGAGCCACUGCCUCACGGGGCUUGCGGUUUGCCGGAGGGAGGUGAACGGGGACCGGCUGGAUGGAUGUUCGUGGAAGGUCACUCUUGUGCGUAACUACAGGAAAGGUUGUGUGAAGAGGCGGUGGCUGAAGGGCCGAUACAGCAACAUCCGCUCCGCUGAUGAUCUUCCAGCCAACAGCAUGUGUCCUCUGGAUGUGGAGACCUGGGGGGAGAUACUGGAGGCAGAGCUGGAGAGAUAGAGAAAUCAGAAACUAACAGACUCUAAUACAUCACCCCUGGAGCACUUGAUGCAUUUUGGGAAAAUUGUUUCAUGGGAUGCUCCAUAAUCAGUGUUGCGAAAAAAGCACAAAGACUGUGACGAUUGAAACAUGAUGAUGAUG